AUGGGACCAGAGCAGGGUGGCGUGGCGAGGAGAAGGCAAGCUGGCACCAUGGGCACCGCCAUCUUCCUGUGCCUCUUUGUUUUCCUGCUCAUUGGGGGUGCCCCAGUGAGGUGUGCUGGUGACAGUGGCUCUGCUGGAGAUGGCACAGCCAACCCCACAAAGAAACCUAUCCUGUUGAACAACACUGCAGAUGCCGAAGCCUUCAUCAGUGGUGCAGAGGUGGUGGUUGUUGGAUUUUUCCAGGAACCGGAGAGCUCUGAAGCGUCCCAGUUUCGCCUGGCAGCCGAUCGGAUCCCGGAGGUGCCCUUCGGCCUCAGCACCAGCCCCGAGGUCUUGUCCUACUACGGCGUCGUGGCCAAUACCGUCAAGCUUUUCCGCAUGAUAGACAAUGACCAGAGGGAUCUGGAUCUGAACAGCGACAUUGAUGCUGAGAAGGUGAUCCGGUUUGUGCGGAUGAACGAGCUUCGUCUGGUGACAGAAUACAACCCCGUGACAGCAAUAGGUGUGAUGCACAGUUCACUCCAGUUGAACCUCCUCCUGAUCACAGACAAGAUGUCCCCAAAGCACCCCGAGAGAAUGCGCGAAUAUCAGGCAGCAGCGGAGCUCUACAAGGGGAAGAUCCUUUUUAUCCUGAUAGACAUCAAUCUGAAGAGCAAUGAGCACGUGAUGUCAUUCUUCAAAGUGAAGAAGUCCCAGCUGCCAGCUCUGGCUUUGUUCCAUACACCAGAUGAGGAGCAGGAUGUGUUGACUCUGGAGGAACUCUCUGUUGAGCGUGUACAGGACUUCUGUAAUCACUUCUUACAAAGAAUACAGAAGAAGGUAAAGGGGCACUCCUGUACAGUCUACAGGAAGCUGGGAUCUUGUGAGACAGUUUUAUUGCUCACAAGGCUGUUGAAGAAGAUGACUUCAGUUCUUUGA